AAUAAAUCCAACGAGUAACUAAUAAUCCUGUUAUACAGAAAAAAGUAGCUAUCAUGCCUUUUUCUGACGAAUCACAUAGUCCUACAAUUUCAUAGACCAAGGUCAUCAGAUGAGUAGGAAUCACAAUUGAAAUGAUCGAAAAAGAUAUGUGAGUUAAUAUAUGUUCUAAAGUUGCAAAUAUCAUAAACAAUCAUUUUUUGUUUUUAUAGUUAUAAAAAAAGGGAACCCUUCCUUAAUUACCGAAUGUAAAUAUGGUAUCGAAUUAAAGGAUCCGUUGUGUCCUUUUUUGUUUUAGAGAAUGCCGCCACUCGGACUCGAACCGAGAUGCUCUAGCACUGCUUCCUAAGAACAGCGUGUCUACCGAUUUCACCAUGGCGGCUUGUUCGAAGUAAUACUAACUCAUGCAUAUUCAAUCGUCGAUAUUGAGAGGUUCAAUGCAAUUGCAAUAGAUGAUUAUUGAAUCAAUCGAAGAAUAGCCAUUCAAGUCAAUAUUUGAAGGUUCCAUAAUUGUUACUAGCUUACCUUAAAGCUUAGUAAUAGUGAAUCGAUGGGGAAAAUAGUGAAUCGAUGGGGAAAAUGGCAAUCCCCAUCUCGCAAAUCAUAUAAAAAUGCACUCUAUUCACUAUAUUGAACCUUGUAUCUUGCGUCUAAUAACGCCCUUUAAAACACAAAUAGUGCCAUUUUGAGGGCCCAAUAUAUGAUACAGAAUCAUUAAUUUAUCCAAUCAUUGAUUGAUGUUGAUUUAGAUCAUUUGAAGGGUUUCUUAUCACAUUAUUAUUUAUUCUUUGCUUUUUUUAUUUCAUUUUUUUUGUCGUACAAAAAAACCUUUUGAAUAACCGGUAGAAAUGGAUUUAGCUAAAGAAAAAGCUUUUACCGCUGCCCAAUAUCCCUUUCUCUUCCAAAAAUUUCUACGAAUAUGCUUUUUUGAUAUAGAAGUACGUUUUUUUGGAACCGCCAUGCAAAAAUGAACUUUUCUAAGUUGAAUGUGAAAGACAUGUAUUGUUCAAAAUAGAUCAUUAAUUCUUUCUAUUCAUAUAUCUAUUAUUUAGUUUAUAGAUUUUCUUCAUAACAUACAAAUAUGCGCAUAUAGCAUAUAAUAGGGACUAAACUAAAUUAUUGCUAGGGACUCAAACUCAAGUUGGAGAAUAAAAAGAAAGGAGAUUCGAUUCGCUAGGUAUAACUCUCAUAGAAAAAAAUAGUUAUCUUUUUUCUCUUUUUGAAGUAUUCAUUAUCAUUAUUAUUGCAUACAAUGAAAAUCUCAGAAGAAAGAAAAUUGUACUAAUUGUUUCAUAUCUCCAUUCAUUAGGAUCGAUGGUAUCAACUACCGAUGAAAUCGACCCCCGCAGAUAAAUAAUAUAAAAAGAAAAAUAAAUAAAAUAAAAGGUUACAAUUCCUAUCUCAGUCUAUUUCAAAUAGACCAUAUAUAUAACCUACAUAUACCUACCGUCGUAAUACAUUUAAUAACAAUAACCAGAAAUUAAUUACCUACAUGAGAUAAAACAAUAAGAUUUUCUCUACCAAUUGAUCCCAUUAAAGCAUAGCGCCCCCACGAUUCGAAUAAUACUUUUGUUCAAUGAUCCAUUACUUGAACAUUACUUGAACUUGAUUAAGGCAAUUUAAGUAACCUCUUACUUCACCUUCUUACUUCACCCAUAUGGGAGGUUACAAGUAUCAUAGAAUUUCCCACAAGUUCUGGUGGAAGCCAAUCAAUCAGUUUCAAAUUAAAUUUAAAUUAGUUAAUGAUUUUGGAUAAAAGAUCUUGUUGGGUUGAGUUAUUUGCGGAUCUCAUGAUCCAUAUCAAAAGCUAAUAAUUACUUCACCCCUAGUAUUAAGCAAUAAUUUGCUUAAUUAUAUCAUUUGACCAAUUCAAUUGUAACUCCUUGGGUCAAAUUUUAAAUAGUCGAGGAAGAGCGAGAUUAAUAAAAAAGAAUAUUCUUUUCGUAUCCUUAUUUUGGUUUGUGUUAAAAAAAAAAUAAAUAAGAACUGGUGAUGAAUGUGAAUUGGGAACAAUAAUUAAUAUAAUUAAUUAGAAGAAAAUAGAGGAAAAAGGUUUGAUUUAAUUUUAUUAUUAUGGUUAUGGAACGCACAUAUCAAUAUGCAUGGAUUAUACCUUUCGUUCCGCUUCUAGUUACUAUGUUAAUAGGAUUGGAACUCCUGCUUAAUCCGACAGCAACAAAAAAUAUUCGUCGUAUAUGGGCUUUUCCCGCUGUUUUAUUGUUAAGUAUAGUUAUGGUCUUUUCCACUAAGCUGGCGAUCCAGCAAAUCAAUGGUAGCUCAAUUUAUGAAUAUCUAUGGUCUUGGAGCAUCACUAGUGAUUUUUCCUUAGAAUUCGGCUACUUGAUUGAUCCACUUACUUCUAUUAUGUCGAUAUUAAUCACUACUGUUGGAAUCCUGGUUCUUAUCUAUAGUGAUAAUUAUAUGUCUCAUGACCGAGGAUAUUUGAGAUUUUUUGCUUAUAUGAGUUUUUUCAAUACAGCGAUGCUGGGAUUAGUUACUAGUCCCAAUUUGAUACAAAUCCAUAUUUUUUGGGAACUAGUGGGAAUGUGUUCCUAUCUGUUAAUAGGUUUUUGGUUUACCCGACCAAUUGCAGCAAAUGCCUGUCAAAAAGCGUUUGUGACCAAUCGUGUGGGGGAUUUUGGUUUAUUAUUAGGAAUCCUAGGUUUUUAUUUAAUAACAGGUAGUUUCGAAUUUCAGGAUUUAUUCGAAAUAUUCAAUGAUUCGAUCAUUAAUAACAAUGAGAUGAAUUCCUCAUUUGCUACGCUUUGUGCCUUCUUAUUAUUCCUCGGUGCAGUUGCUAAAUCUGCGCAAUUCCCACUUCAUGUAUGGUUACCUGAUGCUAUGGAGGGACCCACUCCUAUUUCGGCUCUGAUACAUGCGGCUACUAUGGUAGCCGCAGGAAUUUUUCUUGUAGCUCGGCUUCUUCCUCUUUUCAUAGCCAUACCUUACAUAAUGAAUAUCAUAUCUUUGAUAGGUGUAAUAACGGUACUAUUAGGAGCUACCUUAGCUCUUGCUCAAAGAGAUAUUAAGAGAAGUUUAGCUUAUUCCACGAUGUCUCAAUUGGGAUACAUUAUGUUAGCUUUGGGUAUAGGUUCUUAUCGAGCCGCUUUAUUCCAUUUGAUCACUCAUGCUUAUUCUAAAGCAUUAUUGUUUUUAGGGUCUGGAUCAAUCAUUCAUUCCAUGGAACCCAUUAUUGGGUAUUCUCCGACUAAGAGUCAGAACAUGGUUCUUAUGGGCGGUUUAACUAAAUAUAUGCCAAUUACAAAAACAACUUUUUUUUUAGGUACACUUUCUCUUUGUGGUAUUCCACCCCUCGCUUGUUUUUGGUCCAAAGACGAAAUUCUUAAUGAUAGUUGGUUGUAUUCACCGAUUUUUGCGAUAAUAGCUUUCUACACAGCAGGAUUAACUGCAUUUUAUAUGUUUCGUAUGUAUUUACUUACUUUCGAAGGGCAUUUACGUAGUCAUUUUCAAAAUUACAGCGGACACACAAAUAGUUCCUUCUAUUCAAUAUCCAUAUGGGGGCAAGAAGGUUCCAAACCUGUUAGCAGCAAUUUGCUUUUAACAACAAGGAAUAAUAAUGACAAGUCCUCCUUUUCCAAUUGCUCGUUUUCUAAUACAUAUAAAAUUGCCGGUUAUGUAAGAACCAUGCGAUCAUCUUUUAGUACUCAUUUUUUCAAAAAAGACUCUCAUACUUUACUAUAUCCGCAUGAAUCGGACAAUACCAUGUUAUUUCCCCUGCUUAUAUUGGCCAUAUUUACUUUGUUCGUUGGAUGCAUAGGAAUUAAUUUCGGGCACGAAGUAAUGGAGGUUGACAUAUUAUCAAAAUGGUUAACCCCAUCGAUGAAACUUUUCCAUCAGAAUUCAACUGAUGAAGAUUGGUAUAAAUUUUUGACGAAUGCAUUUUAUUCAGUUAGUAUAGCCUACUUCGGAAUAUUUAUAGCAUCUGUUCUAUAUGGGUCUGUCUAUUCAGAUCGACAAAAUUUGUACUUAAUCAAUUCAUUUGCUAAAAUAGAUUCUAAAAUGAGAAUUCGUUUAGAACAAAUAAUAAAUGUCAUAUACAACUGGUCAUACAAUCGCGGCUACAUAGACGUUUAUUACGAAAAAGUAUUCAUUAGGGGUGUACGAGGAUUAGCUCAACUAACUCAUUCUUUUGAUCGACGAGUCAUUGAUGGAGUUACUAAUGGGAUUGGCGUUGCAAGUUUCUUUCUAGGAGAAGGUAUUAAAUAUAUAGGGGGGGGUCGAAUUUCCUCUUAUCUAUUCUUAUAUUUAGCUUGUGUAUCAAUAGUCCUACUAAUUUACUAUUACUAUUUUUUCUAAAUAGUAUUUUUAUUAAAGCUAAAGUAUUUCUAUAGUAUAUAGAAAUAGAUCUUUCAUAACCCGAGUUCUUAGAAGUAAGAGAUAAGAGGGACCUAUAGAAAAUGUGGUUAGAAAUCCAUAAUAAAGUCCGACCAUAACGACCGAAUUCAAUAUAUUCAUCCAUAAUAAUAAUAGAUUACCGAGUAGACUAUAUUUCAAAAUCAUUCAUUAACCUCCCCUUUUUCUGUUGCAACUUAUCGAUUAUUAUAUGAUAAUUUCUUAACUUUCCAUAUAUAGAAAAUAGAAACAGAUAGACUAGAAAUGACAUCUCUUAUGCCAAUGAUACCAUCUUCUUCGAUUAAAUGACAUUCAAACAAAAUAAAGGGAACUGAAUGGAAUUGGGAUAUGGAUGGAAUAUAAUGAAAUAGAGCCCCUUUGAGGUUCCCUAUGAAAUGAGGCAUGGAACGGAGCCACUGCGAAGAAGUUCCGGGAGUUACGAAGGAAGCUUCGGGC